AUGUCAGGUCGCGGCAAACAAGGCGGCAAGGCUCGCGCCAAGGCCAAGACGCGCUCGUCGCGGGCCGGCCUGCAGUUCCCGGUGGGCCGCGUCCACCGCCUGCUCCGCAAGGGCAACUACGCCGAGCGGGUCGGGGCCGGCGCGCCCGUGUACCUGGCGGCCGUGCUCGAGUACCUGACGGCCGAGAUCCUGGAGCUGGCGGGCAACGCGGCGCGCGACAACAAGAAGACGCGCAUCAUCCCGCGCCACCUGCAGCUGGCCAUCCGCAACGACGAGGAGCUCAACAAGCUGCUGGGCCGCGUGACCAUCGCGCAGGGCGGCGUCCUGCCCAACAUCCAGGCCGUGCUGCUGCCCAAGAAGACCGAGGGCCACCACAAGGCCAAGGGCAAGUAA